AAGAUAGGAAAAGGCACGCUGCCUCGAUGCGUUGUUUAAACACAAACUGGCCGCUUGUUGGUGUUAGAAAUGAGAGUUUAUUUGGACUUCGUUCAUAAGUUGAGACGCAACUAAAGAUGCGUCAUCAACUGUAUCUUGCGUAAAUCUCUAGGAGGAACGGUGUGGAAAAAAUGACCUCAGGCGCAUGUUUACAACUCCGAUGCACUAUCUUUUCGGAUUCUGUUUGUGUGUUUGUGAUGUUUAAAGUAAUGCCAACACGAGAGGAAAUAAAUAAUGGACUAUAAAUAAUACUGGUUAAUUAAAUGCAUCGACGGAGAAAGAUAGAACGAAAAUGAACUUUGACUUUGAGGAACUUACAUCCCGAAAGGAAACUGGUCAAUCUGAUGAAAGUGCACAUCAAAGGGGACGCCAAUAAUGUGGAACAGAUAGCUUUCCACGACGAGAACGGUUCCAAAAUAUUCUUGGAGAAGAACAACUUCUCUAUCAUAUGGCAGAAACACAGCGGGGACAUUUCUGUUGAUCCAGUAACCAAGGAGAUUGAUUUCAAAUACCUUAUCACCAAAAUACCAGAAAAACCAUUCUAUGCCACAGUAAAUGGAAAAGAUGAUAAAGGUUAUAAGUUCCAAAGACUAAGUUACAUGGACCCCAAUGAGUACAAAAAAGUCUUCCCAAGACCUCCUUUGUCCAUAGAAGUGGGUGAGAGCUCCGAUUUGGUGAUUGGUAACUCACUAACCAGUCCCAGAAUAUAUUUUGAACUGACAAAUUAUGGCACCAACGUUAUGAACUUACGAUUCGCAGCCUCGGAUGAAAAGUACUUGCUCCUUAGGCUGGAGCCAUGGAGCAUGAUUUUAAGUCCCGGUGAAACCAAAACGGUUACCCUAACACUGGCAAGCCGACCCUACUCAGGGACCGACACCAUCACAUUCAAAGCAAUGGGUAGUGAAACCAUUGAAAAAAAAGUCAUCGUUACUGUUGGAAACCCCAACACGUACGACCGUACUGACCCAGAAUUAGAUUGGCAAUACACCAGCGACUGCACCAACCUCAUCAUAAAGGACUGUGACGGUGGCACCUGGACGAUUGAAGUAAAAGCAAAAGAUACCGGUGCUGGUUUGUUGCGGCUAACAUCAAAUCCCAGUGGCAUGUACUUCCCUAAUAGUUAUACAACCGGUACUACAGAAGAAGUGACCGGCUAUUUCAGUGGAUCCUGCUGCAGUCCCGACCUGCAAAUUACGGCGACGGACGUGGCCAAAAAUCGGAUAACUCGUAAAGUCAAUGCUUACAGAACUUGGUGGAGUCCUGGUGCUAUCGCCGCUUUAGUUUUGGGGGUUUUGAUACUAUUGGCUAUUGUGUGUUUGAUAAUCUGGGGCAUUUAUAAGUGCUGCACUACCAAAGAAUCUUUCACGUUACCCACAUAUAGAGGCAGAUAUUAAUUUAUUAUCAAUUGGAAGUCUGACAAUAAUAGGUUUAUUAUUUUUUAUACCUUUGUAACAUAAAAACAUUCUUAGCUCUAAACGUAGUUUAUAUAUUUUUUUAGAAUUUAAUAAAUAAUAAUUUAAUAGUUUUGUAAAAUAAAUUUAAAUAAUAAUAAAAAUAGGCUUUUAAUUA